AUGAAGGUCGCUGUCGUUGCUGCUAGCCUUCUUCCUCUUGCCGCAAAUGUGGCAAAUGCAAUUUACAUUCCUACCGACCCUGAGAUGCUUGCACAGCUCUCUCGUCUCGAGAAUGGAAAUAGAAUCCCAGUCCCUGCUGUCCCUGUAGCUCAAGCUCCUGUUGACACUCCAGUUGCUCCUAAAAUGCCCCUGGCUCCAUUUGCCACUUCGGAGCACGCCAAGAAGAACCUGGUGGAGGACUCUUACAUUAUCAUUUUCAAUGACAAUGUCGAUGAGGCUCUCAUUUCCCAGCACUUGGUCUGGCUUGGUGAUGCCCAUGCUGAAGCUGUCUCAGCCCUUCACAAGCGUGACUCUCAACACCCCUUCCUUAUGGCUGAAGGUGAAGAGGCUUUGGCCACUGGUGGCUUGAAGCAUGUUUACAAUAUCCCCACUGGCCUCAAGGGUUAUGCCGGCCGCUUCCUCCCAGAAACUAUUGAAGCCAUUCGCACUCACUCUAGCAUUGUCAAGUAUGUCGAACACGACUCUCGUGUCUUUGCUUCUGAAUUUGCCACUGAAAAGGACGCUCCUUGGGGUCUUGCGCGUAUUUCCCACAAAAGACCCCUCUCUCUUUCUACCUUUAACAAGUACCUUUAUGACGAUGAUGGUGGUGAGGGUGUCACCUCUUAUGUUAUUGACACUGGUACCAAUAUUGACCACGUUGACUUUGGCGGCCGUGCCUCUUGGGGUAAGACUAUUCCCUCUGGUGACUCGGAUAGCGAUGGCAAUGGCCACGGUACCCACUGCUCUGGUACUAUUGCAGGCGAGAAGUACGGAGUGGCUAAGAAGGCCAGUAUCGUGGCUGUCAAGGUGCUGCGCUCUAACGGUUCGGGUACCAUGUCUGACGUUUUGAAGGGCGUUGAAUGGGCUGCCUCGGCCCACAUUGCCGCUGUUAAGGCUAACAAGAAGGGCUUUAAGGGCUCUACUGCAAAUAUGUCUCUUGGCGGUGGCAAGUCCCCCUCCCUUGACUUGGCUGUCAAUGCCGCUGUCAAGGCUGGCAUUCACUUUGCCGUUGCUGCUGGUAAUGAUAAUGCUGAUGCUUGCAACUACUCUCCCGCUGCUGCUGCUGAUGCUGUCACUGUCGGUGCUUCGGACAUUUCGGAUGUGCGCGCAUACUUUUCCAAUUAUGGCAAGUGCGUUGACAUUUUUGGUCCCGGUGUCAAUAUCCAAUCCACUUAUAUUGGCUCCAAGUAUGCCGUCGCUACCCUUUCCGGUACUUCGAUGGCGUCUCCUCAUGUUGCAGGCAUUUUGUCUUACUUUUUGUCGCUGCAGCCUGCUUCCGACUCUGAGUAUGCUGUUGCCGGUGCUGUUACUCCUGCCCAACUUAAGAAGAAUUUGAUUUCCUACUCUACCAGUGGCAUUUUGGAAGACAUUCCUGCUGAUACUCCUAAUAAAUUGAUUUUCAAUGGUGCUGGAGGCAAUAUCACUGACUUUUGGUCUCAUGGAGCUGCCGCUGCUGCUGCUGCUUCUUCAGAUGCUGAGCAGAGCUUUCGCAUUUCUGAGGAGCUGAAGCACAUUUCCGAGGAUGUUGGCGGCUUUUUGGAUGGCAUUCGUGAGCGUCUUCUUAAGGGUGUGAAUUACUAG